GCGUCGCUGCCGUCUCGGAGCCAAAAUGGCGGAGUGCGCGGCUGCCAAUUUGGUGUAUUCCGACUGACUUGAGCGCAAGAUGGCAGCUUCGGUGGAAGACGAGUUUGAGGAUGCGCCUGAUGUAGAGCCUUUAGAGCCGACAUUAAAGAAUAUUAUAGAGCAGAAAUCACUCAAAUGGAUAUUUGUCGGUGGUAAAGGUGGCGUGGGCAAGACAACAUGCAGCUGCAGUCUGGCGGUUCAGUUAGCCGCGGUGCGAGAGAGCGUCCUCAUCAUAUCCACAGAUCCAGCACACAACAUCUCAGAUGCCUUCGACCAGAAGUUCUCCAAGGUGCCCACCAAAGUCAAGGGCUACGACAACCUUUUUGCCAUGGAGAUCGACCCCAGUCUGGGUGUGGCGGAGCUCCCCGAUGAGUUCUUCGAGGAGGACAACAUGCUCAGUAUGGGGAAGAAGAUGAUGCAGGAAGCCAUGAGCGCUUUUCCCGGCAUCGACGAGGCCAUGAGCUACGCAGAGGUCAUGAGGUUAGUGAAAGGCAUGAAUUUCUCAGUGGUUGUAUUCGACACAGCCCCUACGGGACACACACUGCGUCUGCUCAACUUCCCCACCAUCGUGGAGAGAGGACUGGGCCGCCUCAUGCAGAUCAAGAACCAGAUCAGCCCCUUCAUCUCACAGAUGUGUAACAUGUUGGGCCUGGGAGACAUGAAUGCUGAUCAGCUGGCGUCUAAACUGGAGGAGACGCUCCCUGUCAUCCGCUCCGUCAGCGAGCAGUUCAAGGACCCGGAGCAGACGACGUUUAUCUGCGUGUGCAUCGCAGAGUUCCUGUCUCUGUACGAGACGGAGCGCUUGAUUCAGGAGCUGGCUAAGUGUCGCAUCGACACGCAUAACAUAAUCGUCAACCAGCUGGUUUUCCCCGACAGCGAGCGGCCCUGCAAGAUGUGUGAAGCCCGACACAAGAUUCAGUCCAAGUAUCUGGACCAGAUGGAGGAUUUAUAUGAAGAUUUCCACAUAGUAAAGUUGCCUCUGCUGCCUCACGAGGUUCGAGGAGCAGACAAGGUCAACACUUUCUCCAAGCAGCUGCUGGAGCCCUACAGCCCGCCCAAGAAGUGACUGAAAUGAUCUCCACGGAUCAAUCAUCGCAUCCCUGGCCUCCGAUACAAGCAUCCCCCUGGUGUUCACAUCUCCACACACACCUUUAUUUCCCCUCUCGCUGUCUCUACUCUCUCUGGUUUUCUGGUCAUGUUGCUCCAGUGAUCCGUUAUGAAUGUCGGCUGUGAAUUAAACGGCCUCUUUAGAAACAAAGUCUUGAUGGUUUAUGUUGCUUUGUGAUGGUGUAUUUAAGCUUAGGAAACGCUCAUUCCUGAUGCGUGUUCAAGAAAGGAGAUUCAUAUUGAUAUCACCACAGGAAUGUACAACUGGACUCGGUGGUUGAACAUGAGUAGUAUCAGUCUAAAUGUCUGCCACUAGUACAGUUUUACCUGGCUCAUCUGAUUUAGGAUCAGUGAAUGAUACCGUAAGCUUAUGUUUCAGUUUCAGAUUCAGGUCAGACUUUAUUUUGGUUUCUGAUUUGGGCUGCAUUUCUCGAAAGCAUCGUAAGCCUAAGUACAUCUUGCACCAAUUGCCACCAAUAAUGCUAUGAUCAACUUAGGCUUACAAUGCUUUCCCGAAACUCAAACCUGAUCAGUAUUGAUGUUCAAUGAGAGGGUCCAAACAUUGUGGGAUGAUGGAUAUUUAGCGAUUUAAAGGGAUAGUUCUCCCCUCUUUUUUUUUUUUUUUUUUUCCACUGUCAUGGGAUUUUUUUCUAGGCUUUUAAUGAAAAUCAAAAUUCCCUUUUGUGUUUCAGAAAAAGGAUAAACAAGCGUACAAUCUUGUAGAAACAAGGUUGAGUAAAUACAUGACUACGUUUUAAUUUUCGGGUGAACUAUGCCUUUAAACGUACACUUAAUUGACCUUACACUUAGCGAACCGAUCUGUAAUUACUGUGUACAAACAUUGUGAUUCAACUUACCUAAUUUAAUUUUUUGCAGUUAAAGUGAUGUAUUUAUAAUCAUUAGACUUGUAAUGAUUAAGAGAAUUUUCUUUCAGAUAAUCUUUAACUACAUUUAUUUGAGAGACGUCUGUUUCUGGUUCUGGGUUGUGAAGCGUAUGUAGAUGCAUUGUUCUUCCUCUCACUUCUGUUCUUCUUAUGAUUCGGCAGUAACGUCUGCAUGCAUCAAAACACAGGAACACACACACACACACACACACACUUCCUACGAGGAGAUCAGGAGCUUGUUUAAAUACACUGCAUCCUGUCAGCCAGCACGUCUAUUACUCGAUACUAUAUCGUGCCGGUUAAGUGUGUUUUCCUGCUUUUAUCAUCCGGUGAAUGCAGUGGGCUCUUUAGUUCAUGACAACCAGGGACAAGAACUCACAAACCCGACGUAGUAUAUCAGACAGAAAGAUUCGGAUCUUUUAUCAGUUAUUAGUCAAGUUUCUUUGUUCUCUUAUUACUUGUUACUGCCUUUGCAAAGUUGGCUUCUUUUUUUUAGAAGCACACCGAGUUUCAAAGCAAAUAAAAACACUGUCCUCCAUCUACUGCA